CAGCCCCGAGGUGCCGAAAGUCCCCGGCUCGCUUCCUCCUGUGAAGACGUCGCUGCGGGUGGCUGUGGUGGUGUCGUCCAACAUGUCGACCAAGAAUUUCCGAGUCAGUGACGGAGACUGGAUUUGUCCUGAUAAAAAAUGUGGAAAUGUAAACUUUGCUAGAAGAACCAGCUGUAAUCGAUGUGGUCGGGAGAAAACAACUGAGGCCAAGAUGAUGAAAGCUGGUGGCACUGAAAUAGGAAAGACACUUGCAGAAAAGAGCCGAGGUCUAUUCAGUGCAAAUGACUGGCAGUGUAAAACUUGCAGUAAUGUGAAUUGGGCCAGAAGAUCAGAGUGUAACAUGUGUAAUACUCCAAAGUAUGCUAAAUUAGAAGAAAGAACAGGAUAUGGUGGUGGUUUUAAUGAAAGAGAAAAUGUUGAAUAUAUAGAAAGAGAAGAAUCUGAUGGUGAAUAUGAUGAGUUUGGACGUAAAAAGAAAAAAUACAGAGGGAAGGCAGUUGGUCCUGCAUCUAUAUUAAAGGAAGUUGAAGAUAAAGAAUCAGAGGGAGAAGAAGAGGAUGAGGAUGAAGAUCUUUCUAAAUAUAAGUUAGAUGAGGAUGAGGAUGAAGAUGAUGCUGAUCUUUCAAAAUAUAAUCUUGAUGCCAGUGAAGAAGAAGAUAGUAAUAAAAAGAAAUCUAAUAGACGAAGUCGCUCAAAGUCUCGAUCUUCACAUUCACGAUCUUCAUCACGCUCAUCCUCCCCCUCAAGUUCAAGGUCUAGGUCCAGGUCCCGUUCAAGAAGUUCUUCCAGUUCGCAGUCAAGAUCUCGUUCCAGUUCCAGAGAACGUUCGAGAUCUCGUGGGUCGAAAUCAAGAUCCAGCUCCAGGUCCCACAGGGGCUCUUCUUCCCCAAGAAAAAGAUCUUAUUCGAGUUCAUCAUCUUCUCCUGAGAGGAACAGAAAGAGAAGUCGUUCUAGAUCUUCUUCAUCUGGUGAUCGCAAAAAAAGACGAACAAGAUCACGGUCACCCGAAAGGCGCCACAGGUCAUCUUCUGGAUCGUCCCAUUCUGAUUCCCGUUCAAGUUCAAAAAAGAAAUAAUGUAUUAAAAUUUACAUCUUUAAAAAAAAAAUUCAGUACAGUGCAUGAAGCAUAUUUUUUAAGAAGUUGGUGUCUUACUUGGUCAGAAGUGCUAAAUCUGCUAGUAGAGGUGCAUGCCUUUCAUUGCUUUUCAAAACAAUACAGCUGUGUUUAUUUGUGAAAUUAAAUAGCAUUUUAAGCCAUAAUGUCCCAAAUGCUUAAUUUGUCCUUCGUUAUUUACAACCAUUUGCUUCAUUUGAAACCAUCUUAGUUUUAACAAAGUACUUUAUUUCCUAAUUUAAAUUCUUGUUUUUCUCAUUUCCAAAUAUAUUCUGUGUAUUGGCUAAGACAGAACUACCUAGACUUGCCUGAAUUGGGGGCAUGGAGGCAAGACUCUGGUAAACUCGUUGGAAACAACCUGUUCAUGUUAAUCUGGGGAAAGAAGUCAACCUGUUUAUGUUGUUAAUCUAUGUCAAAUAAUUCUUACCAGAAAAAGCUAAACUGAGUUGUAAAACAGCCUCCUGGAAACUGCUUUAUUUUGAAAUUUCUUGUGCUAAGGGUGCCUUAGAAUUAUUGUCUCUCUUUUAUCCAGCUUUAUACUUUUUUGCAUCAUCAAACAAUGCAAAAGAGUCUUGUGAAUUGCAGAAGGAAAAAGUGUUAUUUUUCUUUCUGACACAUAAUUUGGGACAAGAAAGAAAGUCUGUUUAUCUCUUCUCUACUGAUAUGGUUGCCUAAUAAGAAAAAAAUCUUAUUUCAAAAUGUUUAUCUUACUGUUUUAAGAAUUUUUGUGUGAUAUCCUGAAAAUCCAGUUAUUAAAUAUGAUAGGGUAGAACAGGCUAAAUCAUAGUUAAUGAGCAAAUUGAAGAAAGCUUUUGAAGUAUAUUUCUCUUUUGGUAAAAGGCCAACAAAUGUGAAUUUAAGUGAACAUUUGCCUUGAGAUGUUUAAUUGUAAACACUGCAUAAAAUUUUCUUCUGAAUAACAAAUGAAUGCUUAUUUCUGCAUGAUGUAAGCAAAAAAUCAUUAUUUUUCUUAUUUACUUGAAAUAAUUUAUGGCUUAAAAUGCUUUCAGAGUUUGUUUUAUUUCUAAAAAUCUGGUCACUUGAGCUCCAUUUUGUUUUCUGGUUUAAAAAUAAAGAGAUUUCUUUUAACAGUAUCUUCAAUGACAAUGCAAGGUAAGUAUAUUAAAGGAAAUCAACAAUUGUGCUUGGGAACUUUUUGUUAUGGGGUAUUGAUUUCUUUUUAUUGUUUUUCUUCUUCCCCCAUUCCCCUACAUUGUCUGCUGCAAUUUAAAUAAAAAUUGAAACAUUUUAAGGUAUUUAGUAGAUAGACCAAA